UAGGCCUGGACAGUUGACUAGAUCUCGUAUGCUCCUUAUCUCCCCCUAUUGUUUCAUUCCCAACAUCUUUGAAGACAAAUAUAACAAAACGUGAUAAAAAAAUUUUUAAUACUAAAAACUAAAUCACAGCAGACCUGAUUGACAAAUUGUAGCAUCAAUCGUGGCGGCACAGUUGAAACGCUUCAAUCGGUCUCUCUAGUUGUUGUUUUCUUUUUGUGAGAUAAAUUGUAAACUAAUUGUUAUUAUUUGUGUCUUGCUGUGCGCUCUCGCACCAAUUUUGGAUUUUCCCGAUUAGAUGCGUUAAAAUGUGUAGGCCUAAUUCAAAAGAGGAUUCAUCAAUAUAGGCCUACUCACUAACUGGAGUUGUUUUCAAACUGGACGAGGACAAUUUAAACAUUUAUGCGUACUGUUAUUGAGCUUAAAUAAUGAACUAUGGAACGCAUGGCCAUCGCUAAAAAAUGAAUUUUAGGUCAUGGUGAAGAUAUCAUAAUCAAAAAUUUGUAUAGAAUUUUUUUCUUUAAAAAGCUUAAAUGCCAAGUAGUCUAUGUUCGGAUAUGAUCCAAACUGAGAUGUUCUAAUCACUAUUAAGAACAUGAAUUUAUGGAUGAAGAAACUGCCGCAGUUGCUUCUAGCGACUUUAACUGCUGUCAGCCUAGUUUCAAUUGUUACUCUGACAUUAACAAUGACUCAUUCGAUCAAGACAAAAAAUGUAGCAGCAUUCGAUAAAACGCCUUACAGAGUUUUCCAAACUCGAAAACGUCGCAUCGAUAAUGUGUGUGCCUCAACUAAAGUUCGGGGUAAAGUCCGUGGAGUUUACACCCACAGAUACGGCGUUCUUUAUUGUUCUGUGCCUAAAGCAGGUUGUACUUUUUGGAAAAGUGUUUUUUACACGGCCAAUAGGAAGGAUUACGUGAAUAAAUCAGACAUUUUCCCGCUGUCCAAAUAUUACAUCCAUUCUGUUUACGGCAGCGGAAAAAGCUUCAGCGCUCUAAGUAGCACAUAUCCCACAAGGCUCUUAGUUGUCAGGGAUCCCUACUCUCGACUGCUCUCCGCGUAUCUGGACAAGUUCUACCUCCCAGAUUUCUGGCAUAGCGAGGCGCUUCGUCUGAUCAAGAUGAGGGACUUGCCGAUUUUUUCUCACGUCAUAGGCGCCGGCCGACCAGACUUUCUAAGGCGGCACUACGAUGAAGUGUACAAGCUGUUCCCGACAGAGGCAGCCGGAGGUUUCUCUCGGAACGACACGACCUGCGGGAAGUAUUUGACCUUCCAGGACUUCAUCCGGUACGGGUUCUUUGUUCAAGAGCCUCAUUGGAUGCCGAUACACGUGAUAUGUAAUCCGUGUCUGCUGAAUAUCAGCCACGUCAUUCUGAUGGAGACCUUCAACUCGGAUGCUAGAGUGCUUUUGGACAAGAUGGGCAUAGGUCAUUUAUUGGACGACGUUAAUCACGAGACUCAGAUUAACGACGAAAUCAAGAUGUUAAUCGAAUACAAUUUUGAUAUUAUCUCAAACUCGAGUAAGAAAUCAUUUUACAAAACGUGUAUCACUUCUAGAGAACUUGGGUUUCGCCUCUGGCAGACGUUUCGUUGGAAGGGCUAUAUCGAUCCUGAUAUUGAAUAUUUGAUUCCAGACUUCAAGGAGGAUGAAAAAGUUAAAAUGAAUCUUUUUGAGCAGGUGUGGGGCGCAAGAACCUCAGGGCUAAAGAAGCCCAAAAGCAUGAAAAAUGCCAGAGAAAAAUUUAAUAUUGCUGCGUUCUCCACACUGUCAAGGUCGCUGUUUACAAUCUUGUCUCAGAAAUAUCAACUGGAUAUCAGAUUGUUUGGUUAUGAAAGUAUUAGAGAUAAAAUGUUUUCGUCAGUAUAUAAUGUCAAUUAUCAAGAAAAUGUUCUUAACAUUUAAACCAGUGUUUUUAAAGACACUCUGGAGGGUAUAGAGGCUAGGGCAUAUUCUUUAUGUUGCAGUCAAACGGGUUGGUGAACCCUGCGGUUUUGCAAUGCUCACUCUUUACUUUAUUUUCCUUGAUUAUUCUCAGUUGAAAGGAUAGUAUUGGGCGGAUCAUCCUUUGCCCUUACUCAAAAACAACAAUCUCCAUAAAUACGUGCUGCACUUCAUUCAGUAUGCUUAAGACGAUAGUGAAAUUAUAUUCUGAAUAAUCAAUUAAUUAUUUAUUUUUUUUGCGAAGCGCAUCGUUCAUGCUCAGUGCGCUAUGGUCCUCUUACGUGGACCAGUGGGGUGAGGUGGGGGAAUCUCCCGUAGCCUCGACGUGGCACCUUCGAGGAAACGUCUAGUAGUGAAACCAUAUGGCUCCUUCUGUCUUGGAAGACAAUGGAUGCGCCCAGAUAAGUCACUGGCUUUGGUUUCGUCUUGAGACGGGGCAUAAGCUGGAGUGACUGAUCAAGCCAAUUCUGGAGCGGCAGAGUUUGCCACGGUUCGUGCAUGUAUAUGCAUCUGUCCUAGUACAAGCUGACAAGGCAUCUUUCUUAAGUGCCUGCCUCUACGCGGAAAUGUGGCAGUUACAGUAUACAAAUAUGAGGCAAAUUUUUCCAUGGUAAGCGCUGCCUUUGACUGUUUAUAGCAAGCAGGUCCAGGACCGAGGCGCGUUGCACAACGUCUAUGACCUAACCCAGCAAUGGUCACUACCAUAGUGGAAUCCUCAGACAGGAGUUGGGUUGAAGAGCUUUGUCGCUUGAUAAAAUCCUUUCCAACAACCGUGGUAAUUGCGCCUUCAGCGCCGAUUUCCUACUGGACUUAUUUUCAAAGGGGAGAAGGUUGGCGUGCUGCCUUUCAACACAACUCAGCUCGAGUCAGGUUUCGAACUCUAGUCUCGUUGAUAGGUAGCCAAUCGGUUUAUGCCUCUCAGUCGCAUAGCCCAGAACUUGAUUUGUUCAGUUAACUUUUUCCAAUGCUAAGUAUAAUUAUCUUAAUUAAAGUUCUUCCUGACACUAGAGUAACGAUUCGGUACAAAAAUAAUAAGUUCACAAAAUAAAGACCUAUUCUUUAAAGUAUUAUGUCAAGUAUAAUGUCAAGCCUAGCAUUGUUCACACUUUAUAUUACCAUUUUGUCAUAUAUAGUUAUAUUAUCGAUCACAUCAUUUAACUAUCAUUCCAAUUGAGCCGUAUUAAAUUUAUUUUCAUCAAUAUAGUGAUAUUUGCUUAAAAAAACACACGUAAUCUUAACUAUAUCAUUAGGUGUCCUUCACAACUAAGGUUAUGUUGUGUGCUUUCUUUACCAAAAGGAAAUGGUUUGGUUUUGUUUGGCCUUUAGUUCCUUGAGAUUAAAAAAAAAAGGUUUACUAGAUAAACUGAAGCCAAGUGCCGAAACAAAGAAACUAGAUAAACUAAAGCAAAGUGCCGAAACAAUGAAUAAUGCGUGUAUAUAACAGAUAUAAAUGCAGCACUGGGAACGAGAGUUUUAUAAUGAAACCAAAUAGUGAAUUAAAUAUAAUGAAACAAUGGAUAGUCCUGACCGGUGCACCUAAAGCGCGAGGAAGUGGCGGAAACAUAUGAGUUAUUUUUUUUAAAUCUGCAUGUCGAGUGUUGUUUUUUUUCACUUAGUCCAAUUUUGCUUCAAGGAGAAAUUGUCGAUUAGACGGGUCAUCCAAAAUUGGUUAGUAGUGCUGCCUUUAUAUGUGUAACAUGUUUCACACAACCGUAGGGUGCGAAGAAGAAUAAAGUAAAACAAACUGUAGGCUGCUAAGAAGAAUAAAGUAAAACAAACCGUAGGCUGCGAAGACGAGUCAAGUAAAACAAACCGUAGGCGGCUAAGAAGAAUAAAGUAAAACAAACCGUAGGCUGCUAAGAAUAAUAAAGUAAAACAAACCGUAGGCUGUGAAGACGAGUCAAGUAAAACAAACCGUGGGUGGCUAAGAAGAAUAAAGUAAAACAAACCGUAGGCUGCUAAGAAGAAUAAAGUAAAACAAACCGUAGGCGGCUAAGAAGAAUAAAGUAAAACAAACCGUAGGCUGCGAAGACGAGUCAAGUAAAACAAACCGUGGGUGGCUAAGAAGAAUAAAGUAAAACAAACCGUAGGCUGCUAAGAAGAAUAAAGUAAAACAAACCGUAGGCUGCUAAGAAGAAUAAAGUAAAACAAACCGUAGGCUGCGAAGACGAGUCAAGUAAAACAAACCGUAGGCGGCUAAGAAGAAUAAAGUUAAACAAACCGUAGGCUGCUAAGAAGAAUAAAGUAAAACAAACCGUAGGCUGCUAAGAAUAAUAAAGUAAAACAAACCGUUGGCUGUGAAGACGAGUCAAGUAAAACAAACCGUAGGCUGCUAAGAAGAAUAAAGUAAAACAAACCGUAGGCUGCGAAGACGAGUCAAGUAAAACAAAGCGUGGGUGGCUAAGAAGAAUAAAGUAAAACAAACCGUAGGCUGCUAAGAAGAAUAAAGUAAAACAAACCGUAGGCUGCUAAGAAGAAUAAAGUAAAAAAAAAACCGUAGGCUGCUAAGAAGAAUAAAGUAAAACAAACCGUAGGCUGCUAAGAAGAAUAAAGUAAAACAAACCGUAGGCUGCGAAGACGUGUAAAUUAAAACAAAUUGUAGGCUGCUAAGAAGUGUAAAGUAAAACAAACCGUAGGCUGUUAAGAAGAAUAAAGUACCAACAAAUACAAAUCUUGUUGCAAUCAUUGUAGAACCUUUUUAGUUUCAAAAAGAUUCUGUAAUUAUAUUAAAUUAACUCAUUCGUCUCUCUGUUGGAUUCUUUCACACGUUAGUUCUCCCACUUUCCCUUCUCGGAUCAAGUUGAAAUUUUUGCACAAUUAUUUAUUGUCGAUGAUAGCACAUGCAUCAAUCAAAAAAUUAAACCAAUCAGUUAAUCAAUUAGUGGUAAAUAAUUAAUUUGUGUUUUAUAUAGAAAAAAGGACAUAAAACUUACAAUAUUGAGCGAUAUUGCAUCGAAUGAACGGUUCUCUCCCUUCAUUCAAUCUAAGCUUUGCUUUUAAAAGUAUUUUUAAAAAAUAUUUUGCAUGUUUUUUUCAUUUACACUUACAGUAAGUGGGUUUCUUUAUUUCAUCGUUUAGAUGGCAACU